AGUGGGGACUGACACUGUCCCAUCCUCAGUUCACACCCAGCGGGGCUGCUGAGCGCCGGAACCUCCUGCACUUGCACCAUGACACCGGGCUUCAGAACCGCAGUCUAAUCUGCACCGAGCACCGAACCACCUAAGGGGACGCGCACGCGUGCACACGCACUGGCGGAUACGAGCGUCUCAGUGAACCGCGCUUUUAGGACCACACACACGCAAGUCGGCGACGAUGUCAACGUCGGGCAAGGACGCGAACAGCGGCCACUACGCUAACUAUGUGGGACCGUAUCGUCUGGAGAAGACCCUGGGCAAGGGACAGACAGGUCUGGUGAAGCUCGGUGUCCACUGUGUCACGUGUCAAAAAGUCGCCAUAAAGAUCGUGAACAGAGAAAAGCUCAGCGAGUCUGUUCUCAUGAAGGUGGAGCGCGAGAUUGCCAUUCUGAAACUCAUCGAGCAUCCACACGUUUUAAAGCUGCACGAUGUCUACGAAAACAAGAAAUACCUGUAUUUGGUACUGGAGCACGUGUCUGGGGGUGAGCUCUUUGACUACCUGGUAAAGAAGGGACGGCUAACACCGAAAGAAGCGAGAAAAUUCUUCAGACAGAUCAUCUCUGCGCUGGACUUCUGCCACAGUCACUCUAUAUGCCACAGAGAUUUAAAGCCGGAGAACUUAUUGCUGGACGAGAAGAACAACAUCAGGAUAGCGGAUUUCGGCAUGGCGUCUCUGCAGGUCGGGGACAGUCUGCUGGAGACCAGCUGUGGCUCGCCACAUUACGCCUGUCCAGAGGUUAUUAGGGGCGAAAAGUACGACGGCAGGAAAGCAGACGCCUGGAGCUGCGGGGUCAUUCUGUUUGCACUUUUAGUGGGCGCUCUGCCCUUUGAUGAUGACAACCUGAGGAAUCUUCUGGAGAAGGUAAAGCUGGGAGUCUUCCACAUGCCUCACUUCAUCCCUCCUGACUGCCAGAACCUUCUCCGCGGCAUGAUCGAGGUCGACGCCGGCAAGAGGCUCACAUUAGAGCAAAUCCAGAAGCACACGUGGUAUUUAGCUGGAAAGAAUGAGCCGGAACCUGAGCAGCCCGUUCCUAGGAAAGUGGCCAUCCGGACGUUAGCAACGGCUGAGGAGAUUGACCCGGACGUCCUGGAGAGCAUGCACUCUCUCGGCUGCUUCAGGGACAAAGAUAAGCUCACCAAAGAUCUGCUGUCUGAGGAGGACAACCAGGAAAAGAUGAUCUACUUCCUGCUUCUGGAUAGGAAAGAGAGAUAUCCGAGUCAUGAGGAUCAGAACUUGCCGCCACGUAAUGAGAUCGUGGACCCUCCAAGAAAGCGUGUCGACUCCCCCAUGCUGAGCCGCCAUGCAAAGCGGAGGCCGGAGAGGAAAUCCAUGGAGGUGCUGACCGUAACUGAGGGAGGGUCACCUGUUCCCGUGCGACGUGCUCUCGACAUGGCUAACCACGGCCAGAGCAAAUCAGUUUUCAGUAAAAGUUUGGAUAUCACAAACGCUAACUGCAGCAAGGAGGAAAGGUCGCGGUCCAUCAGCGGAGCGUCCUCGGGUCUGUCCACCAGCCCACUCAGCAGUCCCAGGCCCAACCGGCGGUUUUUCAUUCCGCCCCAGUCCCCAGACCUGUGUCAGUCCCCCAACUGUAGCCCCACCCAUUCCCCUGAGGUCCGCCUCAACGGGGUGGGGCCUCGCACUCCAAACUCCUAUCACCCAAAGAUGGGGUCACCCCUCAUGCAUCCCCGUACGCAGACGCUUCCCGCCAAACCCAAAGUGUCGGAGAAGCCUUUGCAGACCACCAGGUCAAACCCACUUCCCAACACGGCUCAAACUCCAUCAACCCCCAAAUCGGAGCCCACUACACCCUGCCAGCCGCUGGCGCCAUGCAUCCCCAACAGUCCGAGGGUCCGGCGCCACCCGCCCCUCACCGUGCCUCCCAAGCUUUCAAUUCCUCUGUCCCCUGUGCCCCCCAUGUCCCCUCUCCGACGGCACCGCCUUCACCCUGACCACAAUGGCAAAUCUGUCCCCCUCCCACAGGUGACCCCCCACCCUUCCCCUAGAGGGAGUCCUCUUCCCACCCCUAAAGGCACCCCAGUGCACACGCCCAAGGAAAGUCCAGCCGGAACACCCAGUCCCACCCCCCCACCAAGCCCCUCGAUUGGGGGGAUGCCUUGGCGGACGCGCCUCAACUCUAUAAAGAACAGCUUCCUUGGUUCUCCACGCUUUCACCGAAGGAAAAUGCAAGUCCCUACACAAGAGGACAUGUCCAGUCUCACCCCGGACUCGUCACCAGAAUUGGCGAAGAAGUCCUGGUUCGGGAACUUCAUAAGUUUGGAGAAGGAGGAGCAGAUCUUCAUCGUCAUCAGGGACAAACCUCUGAGCUCCAUCAAGGCUGACAUCGUCCACGCCUUCCUCUCUAUCCCGAGUCUGAGCCACAGCGUCAUCUCGCAGACUACCUUUCGGGCAGAGUACAAGUCCAGCGCGGGUCCGGCGGUGUUUCAGAAGCCGGUGAAGUUCCAGGUCGACAUCACCUACACGGAGAGCAGCGGCGCCACCAAGGAGAAUGGCAUCUACUCUGUGACUUUCACAUUGCUCUCAGGUCCCAGCCGACGUUUCAAGCGGGUGGUGGAGACCAUCCAGGCCCAGUUGCUCAGCUCUAAUGACCAGCCUGGCGUCCAGCCUCAGAUCUCUGGCAGCCCGUUGAGUAACUUCUUUGACGUAAUUAAACAGCUUUUUUCAGACGACAAGAACCUCCAAGCGUCCCACUCCCCUGGCGCCCCUGCCACACCUAGCUCCCCCGCCAAGCAUGCCCCCAGCAGCAAGCAACCCCUGCCCAAUGACUCGAAAUGCCCCCCUGGCAAAGACAAAACAAAGACGACCGCCGGCAGCAACAGGACACAGGAACCUUAAGGAGCAGUAGCCGUGCAUGACUAAAGCAGCUAUCAGGUCAUUACGCAGAGCGGGGAACUUUGCCCCUUUAGUUCCGAGUGAAAAAUCUACUUUUGCCUAUAACUUUUGUACUCCAUAACGGAAUGGCUAUUUCACCUGAAUCAGUAUUUUACAAUAAGUAGCGGAUGUAGCUUUGCCCCCUCUCUCUGUCCCUCUUUGUGUCCCAGGCUUCUCUCCUGAUUUCUGUCCUCCUUGACUUGUCUUUGCCACCAGGAAUCAUCCAUAAUAGCUAUUAAUGCUGUCCGGUAACGUCAGCCUCCCAGGAAAGCACCGCCGACCCUUCUUCUGCUCCCCCUACUUCACGUCCUCAAACUCCUCUCUUCAAGUCUCCAUUCAAGUCUCAGAAGAGUUUUCAAAAGAAAAAAAAGCCUUAAGACAGUGAUGUUUGUUGAGCUCUUCAUUCUCCCUCAUUAGAAAAUAAAUACAUGUAAAAAAAAAAGGAUAAAAACUGCUUACGCGGGAUGUAACGAAUUGCACACAGGCAGGACGGAUGGAGGAGGAGGAGGGCUGGACAGACGCUGGCUGGAUUGUAAUUCUUUUUAUUGUCUUUUUUGUGGUUUUUAUGCUCGGGUCACUUGACUUGGAUUUUUUUUAUUUAUUUUUUUUUUUUUUUGACAAAGAGGAAGGGGAACAAUCUAAAAUGAAUGACUAUAUUCUGUGUACAGACUGAAACUGUUCCGUGCGUGUGUGAAGGCUGUAGUUUCUAUUGUAGAGUCGUGUCUUUGUUUCUCCCUGUACGGACAUGGUCACAUCAGCAACACAGACAGCCAAAUGAAUAAACAACAUCGCCUAGUUGAACCAACACCGGUCACAUGAAGUCCAGAUGUUUUGUGUGGCUAUUCAUUCCUCGCGUUGCCAAACUCAGACUAAAACUAGCUGGCUAACUAAACGCGUGCCUGGUGUGACCAAGUCGGUAGGUGUCAUAGGCUAUUUUUUGCACUUGUUUUUCAGCGUGUCAUUUUGAUGUCGGGGUGUUUCAAAUGUUCAGGUUUCUUUGAAUUAUCUGCAGGUUUCAGACAAUAUUAAAUCAUUAUGUAUAUUUUUGUAUUUUUCUUAUUUAUUCUGGUUUUAUUUAUACGAACGUUGUGGAGAAUGUUGGGUUAAAUUAUUCAAGGACGCUUGUCUUUGCCAUGUUUAAGUUAUUGGAGUGUUUACUUCCUGUCGGUGGGUGACUGGGAAAAUUGUAAUAUACUUUUGGACAAAUGAUUUACGGUAAUUUAAGAAUGUAGACAUAGCCUCUUUGAGAGGAGCAACACUUCUGUGGGUAAUCGUUGCCGUGUAUGACGACUCGGUUCACCAAACUCUCCUCCUGUAAAUAAGUUGCCAGACUUAUUUAAAACCUUGGAUGAUUUGACUUUGCUUCGACCUUGUACACUUGUUUGCAUGUUCAGCAUUUGUCUUUUAUUUGCAUGUCUUUGUCCGCUUUCAGUUCAGUUUCUUUCUUUCUUUCGGUUUAACCUUUUUUUUUUUUCCCCACGCUGUCUUUUUUUCCACUACUGUGCUCACGCAGUAACUUUCCUCGUUCUCUCAGAGAGGGACCUGGCUGUUGUCGGCUUAGGCCGCCCCGGGUGGGACACAAAUUAAAGCAAUACCGUUCGUCAUCCUUCGCUUUCCUCUUUUUCUAACGUGGGAAUCAGAGCACACUGAAUGGACUCGGACCGCCAAAGCUGAGCGGGGAACCGCUGGCAAUGUAUUCCCUUGUGAUGUUACUGUGAACAACUUCAGUGCUAAAGGAAAUAAAUCUGUUGACUUUGAGCUUUGUUUUCUUU